GGCCGCAAUGUGGCGCUGCGGUUCCCCGAGCCCGGCGCCAUGUUUGUGGUUGUGCCGCAGCAGCCGACGCAUGCUUGCAGCUGUGUUCCGUAAGUGUUGUGUGGUGUUCCCUAGCAUUUAGGUUUCUCGUGUGUUGCAUGUGGCGUUGGUUGUUUGCAAUACUGCUGCGUUGGAAGCUUCCUCUACGGAUACACGCUGUAAAGACUUGGAAAAGUGCCCACACCGGAGCACGUUGUUGCGCGACAAAAAGCUGCUGUGUACGUCUCAUUCGGCGCGACUGCAGUGUAACAUGCAACUCAGCGACUACGCAAAGUCGCUGCCUGACCCCGAGCGCAGCAGAUACAUCAUCAAAAUCGCGAAAUGCGGCGGAGAUGACCCGUUGGCGCUGUCCGAUGACCACUUUACGAACGAUGUUGCUUUUUAUCCAAGUGUCGACCGUGCGGACAUCAGAGACUAUCUAGUCCACGGGACGAGCUUCGUGACGCGGGAUCAGCUAAAGAGCUAUAAAUCCCUGGAGGCUCAUAAUUACGUCACCAGUGGUCUCGUGGAGCCACCAAGAGUGAAAGUUCGUGAUGGCAACGUCGUCGUCGUUGGAAAGGUCCGCCACUCUCAGGCGUUCAGAGAUAAGCUGCUGCUGCCGUGGCUGUUGAUUAAAGCUGACGGGGAAGUUUUGUGCGCGCACUGUACGUGCAUGGCCGGCCUCGGGGAGGCGUGCUCACACGUUGGUGCAGUGCUCUUUUAUUUGGAGGCUGUUGUGACACGCCGGGAUGGUCAAUCAUGCACAGAUGGGCAAAAUGCAUGGCUACCGCCUCAUCUCGUCAGUCUGGAAUGCCGACCGGUGGCAGAGAUGGACUUCGCGUCUUCCGCAAUGAAAAAACGCCGCCUGGACGACACUGAGGCUGCCCCCCGCGACCCACCAAGUGUUGAAAUGCCCAAGCCGAGAGAGGACGAGAUGUUAAAGUUUUUCUCGUCAUUGAGUAAAUCUGAGGGUAGGCCAGCACUUCUCUCGCUUGCCCAAAAAUUUGCUGACCCCUACAUUCCCUUGGGCUUGAAGUACCCUAAGCUCCUCCUCCGCAAUCUGCAAAGGAAGCAGUGCCCAAUUUCCUUGGAGGAUGUACAGGCAGAAUGCCGUAAUGUCUUGCAGGACCUCUCAAUUGAGCCUGAUGUGUGUGUACUGAUCGAGAAGCAGACAAAGGCCCAAUCUGCAUCCGAGAAGUGGCAUUUAUUUCGGACUGGACGCAUCACAGCUUCAAAUGCAGGAGCGGUAUUUGCAACUUCAUUGACCAAGCCUUCAAAGAGCCUGCUGAAGAGACUGUGCUACCCAGAGGACUGCAAAUUCCAGACUGCAGCAACUCAGUGGGGAAAGAAGAAAGAAGCUGCUGGGAGGGCAGCUUACAUAGAGGCAAUGCAGAAGCACCAUCUAGGCUUUAAGUGUGAAAUGUCUGGCCUCCACAUAAGCAUAGAGCGACCAUUUCUGGCUGCAACUCCUGAUGGCCUUGUACAUUGCAAUUGUUGUGGAGACGGCCUUCUGGAGAUAAAAUGUCCAUACUCUGCAAAAGAUGCACUUAUUUGCGAAAUUCCAGAGCGGCAACGAUCUUAUCUUGUAGUUGAUGGCAAUGAUGCAAAGUUAUUGAGAAACCAUCAUUACUUCAAGCAAACUGCUGAGCCUAAUGUAAGCAGCAUCAAGCCACCUUUCUACUGUCCUCGUUACGGUUGA